AGACGCGACGUGUCGAACACGUCCAAACUCAGCGCUUGAUACAUUUAUUGUCAGUGCUUCCAGUUACCAUCCAGCUGUGCAUAGGACUUUGAGGAUGAAGUCCGGGGCACACUUCGUCCUGGCCUUCGCCUUGACCGUGGCUGCUGCGAGCCCACCAGUGAAAGUGACUCUAAAAUCUUCUUGGGAAGCAUCUCCACUGCUGCUCGAAAUAAUAGAAACGGUCGCCUCCGAAAAUGCGGACGCUUUCUUCCCCUUCCUCGACCGCGUCACCGACCCAGCCGCCCUCUCCAAGACACCGCUUCCCGAGGAGGCGGUACACCAAUACGCACUCCAGGUAGCCGCGACGAAUGGAUUCCUCUCCGCGCCCGGGGCACUUGCCCUCGUGGAGAUGAACCUCGGAUUGCACACCGCGACGCCGAAGCUGCAGGCGUUCUACAACGCGUAUCCGCGCGAGCGGGAUCCCGGAUGUGGAUCGUGGGUGGACUGGUACGGCCAGGCUGUGUGCGACGUCGCGCAGCUCACCCAGCUUGCGGGUGUCGACACCAUUGGGUCCGCGGACACGACGUUCACGCGACCGAAGCUGUUGGCAUUCGACCACGUAUAUCCACCGCCCGCGCGGACGCUCGACACUCCUCCUCGCACAGCUAUUCUCUACGCAUCUCUCGACUCCGCCAACUUCCGUGAACUGCACUCGUAUCUGUAUGCGCUGGCCGAUAGACCAGUGCAUCCAGUGGAAUACGUGUUCCGUCCGAUUCCAGGACCGAGUACUGGCUCGCGCAACUUUCUUUCUGGCUAUGGAGUGGCUCUCGACCUGAAGAAGAUGGACUAUCUGGCUGUGGAUGACAGGCAACAAUCGUCAGGCUCCGCUGCUCGCGAGAACACUCCUGAAGAGGCUGUCGUUGUCGAUCCUGUCAUGGCUCUGAUCGACUCCUACCCUGAGCCGGAGACUCCUGCAACCGAGAUGACUGCAGCAGCCUUGGCCGCUCUCGGCUUCCAAGCCACACAACUGAUUGCGGAUUCGGACGACCCGCUUGUGACGAUGGGCCAGCUCGCUCAAAACUUCCCCAAAUACAUGGUACCGCUUUCACGCAAGGUUGUCGUCAACUCGAGCCUCCAAGAGGAGGUCCACGCCAACCAGCUCAAAGCCCAGGCGGGUGUCAAUGCGUUCUGGGUCAACGGAGCGUCGCUCACGGAGAAGGACAUCAAUCCGCUCGGCUUGCUCCGCUUCGUCAGAAAGGAGCGCACGGUUUUGACUUCGCUAACGGCCCUCGGUCUGUCGCGGAUGGAGGCGAUUGAUCUGGUCGCACAUCCUUCCGGGAGCAGCAGCGAAAGCGCCGCCGUUAUGGACAAUCUCUUCGAUGCCAGCGACCGCCCCGAGGGAGGCGAGGUGAUUGUGUGGUGGAAUGACCUUGAGAAGGACAGCCGGUAUGCGGGGUGGUCGGCGAACAUCCAGACUCUUCUCCGCCCGCUGUAUCCUGGCCAGUUCCACCAGAUCAAACUGAACAUGUUCAACAUCGUGCUCGUGCUGGAUCUGUCGUCGCCGGCCAGUCUCAACAUGAUCACGGGCGCGGUGGCCAACGUCGUCAGCCGCAGCUUCCCUCUGCGGUUCGGCAUCGUGCCCAUCACCGAGACAGAGGACGGCAAGAAGAUGGCCAAGUUGUUCUACCAUGGUGUUAAGAACUAUGGCCGGAAGCGGACGAUGAGUUUUCUGACCUCGGUCAUGAAUUCGAUCACGGACGGCAAGCUCGAUUGGGAUGCCAUCAGAUUUGCGUUUUCGACCGAACUGCUGCUCAAUGAUCCCCAGGACGCCGAGGCAGCGAAGCCUGUGGACUUUGAUGCCGUUCUCGCAGAGGACAGCCCUGAAACGAUGGUGGUGGCCAAAGGGCGCAGCUAUACCGAGCGGCUUGGCGCAACACUCGCUGCUUCAAGCAAGGGACACAGUUUCGUCAAUGGGAAGCACCUCGACGUAGAUGAAGGAUUCUGGCGAGGGAUGCAGAUGGAGAUAGCACCCCAGACCCAGCACUUGCAGGAGGAACUUUACAACGGCAAGAUCACGGAGGAAACCGCCCAGCACAUCUCGACGUACUUCUACGACCAGCCCACCACCAGCCUCCGGAGAAACAAAUAUAUCUUCCCAGAGACUGCGGUCAGGAUAUUCAACCUCCCCGACACGUUCAGACGCACAGGGUUCAAGGACCUGCCUGGAUCUUUUGUUUAUCCUGCGGAGACGGAAAUGCUCCCGCUGACCGUCUAUGUCGUCGCGGAUCUGGACAGCGAAGGUGGACUGGAUCUGGUCAAGGAGGCACUGCAGUCGUUCGACGAGAACUCCAAGAUGCGACUCUCCUUCAUCCACAAUCCAAGUACAGUCGAGUUGGAUCCUUCGGUCAGGCCGCCAAAGUCCUGGCUCCUUUCGCAUCUCGUCGUGAAAAAUUUGCUGUCCAAGGCAACCCCAGCCAAGCUUCUGCAGGCAUUGGAGCCCGGCUUGGUGAUUCAGAGCGACGGAACUCAGACUGCCGACGAACUCACCAGCGGAGCUGACUUCUCCUGGGACGAGUAUGUCCGGUCGGUGAAUGGGGGACGCUUAGUUCUGCGAGAGCUUGAGCUUGCUCCAGGCCAACAGAUCGUAAUCGUGAACGGCCGUAUUGUUGGGCCUAUUGCUUCCAAGGACUUCUCCGCGGCCGAUUUCAGAGCAUUGGAGACAUUCGAGCUGCGGAAACGAGCUGAGCCAGUGAUCGUGGCUUUGGAGACCAUCAAGCCUGAUCUCAGAGAACUGGAUCGUGCGACCUCGGCUGCACUGAUAUCUGCCUGUGUGUCCAUCGUCGCCGCAUUGGAGGCACCAGAACCCGGAGGCGGAGGGAUCUUCGAUCCUCCUAAACGUCCGAGACAACGCAGCUAUCAGCUGCUGGAUGACCGAUACUCGACUUUCCAGUUCGGUGACAACGCAACAGCGUUGUACCAGAUUGCUGUGCUGGUAGAUCCCAUCAGCGAGACUGCCCAAAAAUGGGCCGGUCUACUCGAGUGGCUUGCGCAUAUCCCGGAUGUAUACAUCAAAGUGUACACUAAUCCUUCGAUCAAUGAAGAGAUCCCCCUCAAACGAUUCUACCGAUAUGCUCUGUUGCCUUCGCUCGUAUUCGAUUCGGACGGUGUCCAAAUGCCAACGGAGGCAGUCUUCUCAGAGCUCCCCGUUGAGCCGAUCUAUACCUUAGCGAUGGACGUGCCCUCCUCCUGGCUUGUUCGGCCCCGGGAAGCCCUGUACGACCUGGACAACAUCCAGCUCGGCAGCGUAUCGGAACCCAGCGUCGAUGCCGACUUUGCGCUCGACUAUCUCGUGGUCGAAGGCCAUGCGCGUGAUUCGGUGACAGGCGCUCCGCCACGCGGGGUGCAGCUGCAGCUGCUAAACGCCGACUCCUCGCCUGUGGACGACACACAAGUGGUCGCGAACCUGGGCUACCUGCAGUUCAAAGCGAAGCCGGGUGUUUUCCGGCUCGAGAUCCGCGAGCAAGGCCGGGGUCGAGAGAUCUUCUUCAUGGAAAGCGUCGGAAAUGAAGGACUGGACAGCCGAGCUGUGUCCGAGGCGGGGGACGAGAUUGCGGUGACCAGCUUCGAAGGGACGACGAUCUAUCCGAGACUGCAGAGGUAUCCGGGCAAGGAACGCGAGGACGUGCUGGAUGAACCCAGUAACGAGGGAGACCGGUCGGGUUCCAUCUUCGGCGGGCUCUUCAAGUCGAUCUUCUCAUCCAAGGACGUCGUGCCUGUGACCAAGCAGGCUGACAUCAACAUCUUUACGGUAGCCUCCGGGCUGCUAUACGAACGUUUUGUGUCGAUCAUGAUCCUCAGUGUGCUGCGCAACACCAAGAGCACCGUUAAGUUCUGGUUUAUCGAAAACUUCUUGUCGCCGUCGUUCCUGGAAUUCAUUCCACAUAUGGCGGAAGCGUACAACUUCCAGUAUGAGCUCGUGACUUACAAGUGGCCGUCCUGGCUUCGUGCGCAGAAAGAGAAACAACGGAUCAUCUGGGCAUACAAGAUCCUGUUCCUCGACGUGCUUUUCCCGAUGGACCUCAAGAAGGUCAUCUUCGUUGAUGCCGAUCAAAUUGUGCGCGCGGACCUGAAAGAGCUCGUUGACUUGGAUCUGCACGGGGCCCCUUACGGAUACACGCCCAUGGGUGAUGACAACACCGACAUGGAGGGUUUCCGGUUCUGGAAGACAGGAUACUGGAAGGAUUUCCUGCAGGGGAUGCCGUACCACAUCAGUGCGCUCUACGUCAUUGAUCUUGUCCGCUUCCGGCAGCUCGCCGCUGGUGACAUGCUUCGGGGGUCGUACCAGCAGCUGUCUGCUGACCCGGGCUCGCUGGCUAAUCUGGAUCAAGAUCUUCCCAACAACCUUCAGCGGGAGGUUCCGAUAUUCUCGUUGCCUGAAGAUUGGCUCUGGUGCGAGACGUGGUGCAGCAAAGACAGACUGCACCGUGCCAAGACGAUCGAUCUGUGCCAGAAUCCGCUGACUAAAGAACCGAAACUUGUCCGUGCGCGCCAGAUCCCAGAAUGGGAAGUAUACGACUCGGAGAUCGCCCGUUUCGCAAGCAAGCUGGCAGAGGAAGGUGUCAUCCGGUCUCGUAUUGUGGCGGCGGAUGCGAAUGCCUUGGCUGGCUCGGGCAAGACGUCUGGUGCAGAUGCAGACACUAAAGUGGUCGCCGAAGAAGCCGAGGCACCUAGAGACGAGCUGUGAUUCUAUCGAUGCAAAGGCGGCUUCUCUGCACUAUACUUGACGGCGUUGUAAUUCAGGGCAGCCUUGUGGAGAUCUUGAAAAAGGGAUAGAAUGAAAGUUUCCCAAUUUCUCACUGGGCCGCUUGAAUACUGGCUCGCCCACUCAAAUAAAUGUGAACGUUAA